AGAUCGGAAAAGAAGACGAUCAUCCAUGGAUACAAAAAGUACGAUACCGUGACAUAGCAAUGGAAAUGGUGACGUGCAAUCCCGCUCCGAUUGACCUGAAAGGCCUCCUCGAUGGACCUCCGGCAACCAUUGCACCCGACAAGGAAGAGGAUCAAGGCAGCAUUCCGAGCGUCACCGCGCGUUUGUUGGUGGAUUGCCGUUGCCACCUCGGCGAAUGCGUGCUCUGGGACGACCGCCAGAAUGCGGUGCUCUUCGUCAGCAUUCUUGACCGAACCUUUCACAAGCUGAUUCUAUCCGAUGACGAGAACACAAAACUGGAAUCSUAUGAAUUCCCCAAGAUGAUUGGUGCAUUCGGCCUUCUGGAUGCCUCGAMGGACGACGCUGACAAGCACCACCCGGGGUACAUCGUGGCCUGGGAAGAUGGAUUCCAGCUGUACGAUUUGGAGCGAGGAACAGCAAUAAGUCCGAUGAGCGAGGGGGAGGUCGUGAAUGGGCCCGGGCUUCCGAAUCGCUUGAACGACGGACGCGUGGACCCGACAGGCAAGCGAUUUGUGUGCGGGGGCAUGGCUGCCUCGCCGGACCUCCCGUUAAAAGUAUACAAGUGCGAAUACGAUCCGUCUACCCAGGGACUCAAGCAUUCCGUCCUCUACGAUAAGAUUCUGACUACGAAUAGCAUUUGUUGGUCCUUGUCUGGGGAGGAAAUGUACCUCGCGGACUCUCCUUGCAGAAACAUCCGGAAACUGGAGUAUGACCUGGAGGAAGGAAMGGUUCGCAACGAAAAAAUACUUCAUUCCAAACGAACCGGCUUCCCUGAUGGGUACGUUACCGGUGUUGGUCAUCGAGCCAUCCAUUGCUGACCGUUCAAUUGCACGUAUUGCUAGCUUUGCUUUCUUCGCUCACUUUUCUUCUACGCGCCUAUAUUGUUUCGGUGGUCAACGCCGUGUUUGUAACCAUGCAAACCAUCCGGAUAUGAUCAUUUUUCUUGAGCAGAUCGGUCGUAGACAGCGAGGGGUUYCUUUGGAAUGCAACGUGGCGCCAAGGAGAGGGCACCGGGAUGGUGGAUCGAAUCGAUCCAAAUACGGGAGAUGUGGUGUUUACGGUUCACUUGCCGGACGAAACAUCGGAGGCGUCCUGUUGCUGCUUCGGUGGUGAACACCUGGACRUACUGUUCGUAACAAGCGCCUUUGAAAACAUCGAUCCGAAGACGGAAMCGCACGCCGGCGGCUUAUAUGCCGUGAAACUUCCGUCCGGCAUGAAGGGUUGCCGUGAAAAACGAUUCAAAACCAACUGAUACAGUAUUGCUUUGUUUAUGGGUGCAUCMUACGAAGUACUUUACGUCAUUACUUGUAUGCAGAUGAGUGUAAAAAAUAAAAAG